GAUCUCCCAUCUCUCCACCCUAGGGCAUCAUCCUUCUGGGGAGGGAGGAAGAGCUCCAGAAUGGCUGAGGAGAAGAAGCUGAAGCUCAGCAAUACUGUGCUGCCUUCAGAAUCAAUGAAGGUGGUGGCCGAAUCAAUGGGCAUCGCCCAGAUUCAGGAUGAAACCUGUCAGCUGCUGGCAGAUGAAGUCAGUUACCGCAUCAAGGAGAUUGCACAGGAUGCCUUAAAAUUCAUGCACAUGGGGAAACGGCGGAAGCUCACCACCAGUGACAUUGACUAUGCACUGAAGCUAAAGAAUGUUGAGCCACUGUAUGGCUUCCAUGCUCAAGAGUUCAUUCCUUUCCGGUCCGCCUCUGGUGGGGGCCGGCAACUCUACUUCAAUGAGGAGAAGGAGGUUGACCUGAGUGACAUCAUCAAUACUCCUCUGCCUCGGGUGCCCCUGGACGUCUGCCUCAAAGCUCAUUGGUUGAGCAUUGAAGGCUGCCAGCCAGCUAUCCCAGAGAAUCCACCUCCAGCUCCCAAAGACCAGCAGAAGGCUGAGGCCACAGAGCCCCUGAAGUCAGCAAAGCCAGGCCAGGAGGAAGAUGGACCCUUGAAAAGCAAAGGUCAAAGGGCUUCUCCAGCUGAUGGCAAAGGGAAAGAGAAGAAGGCACCACCCCUCCUGGAGGGGGGCCCUUUUCGAUUAAAGCCCCGAAGUAUCCAUGAGUUGUCUGUGGAGCAGCAACUGUACUACAAGGAGAUCACUGAAGCCUGUGUGGGGUCAUGUGAAGCCAAGAGAGCGGGAGCCCUUCAGAGCAUCGCAACAGACCCAGGGCUCUAUCAGAUGCUGCCACGAUUCAGCACCUUCAUCUCAGAGGGGGUCCGUGUGAACGUGGUGCAGAACAACCUGGCCCUGCUCAUCUAUUUGAUGCGCAUGGUGAAGGCACUGAUGGACAACCCUACGCUGUAUCUAGAAAAAUACGUGCAUGAAUUGAUUCCAGCUGUGAUGACUUGCAUUGUGAGCAGACAGUUGUGUCUGAGGCCAGAUGUGGACAAUCACUGGGCACUCCGAGACUUUGCUGCCCGCCUGGUGGCCCAGAUCUGCAAGCAUUUCAGCACAACCACUAACAACAUCCAGUCCCGGAUCACCAAGACCUUCACCAAGAGCUGGGUGGAUGAGAAGACUCCAUGGACUACACGUUACGGCUCCAUUGCAGGCCUGGCCGAGCUGGGACAUGAUGUGAUUGAAACUCUGAUUCUGCCACGGCUACAGCAGGAGGGGGAGCAGAUCCGAAGUGUCCUGGAUGGCCCUGUGCUAAGCAACAUUGACCGAAUUGGAGCUGACCACGUGCAGAGCCUCCUCCUGAAGCACUGUGCCCCUGUUCUGGCAAAGCUGCGCCCACCACCUGACAAUCAGGAUGCCUAUCAGGCAGAAUUUGGGUCCCUUGGACCCCUCCUCUGCUCCCAUGUGGUCAAGGCCCGGGCUCAAGCUGCUCUGCAGGCUCAACAGGUCAACAGGACCACUCUGACUAUCACUCAGACCCGACACACGCUGACUCUUUCUCAGGCCUCUCAACCUGGCCCUCAGACCCCUGGCUUGCUGAAAGUCCCUGUCUCCAUUGCACUUCCUGUCCAGACACUGGUGUCUGCACGAGCUGCUGUUCCACCUCAGCCUUCCCCUCCUCCAACCAAGUUUAUUGUAAUGUCACCGUCCUCUAGUGCCUCAUUCACCCAACAGGUCCUGUCCCUCAGUACCUCAGCCCCUGGCUCAAGCUCCACUACCACCUCUCCUGUCACUACCACGGUCCCCAGUGUGCAGCCCAUUGUCAAGUUGGUCUCCACUGCCACAGCUGCACCCCCCAGCACUGCCCCCUCUGGCCCCGGCAGUGUCCAGAAGUACAUAGUGGUCUCUUUUCCCCCAACAGGGGACAGCAAAGGAGGCCCCACCUCCCACCCUUCCCCAGUCCCUCCCCAAUCCUAAGCUCCUUCCCCACUUGGGGGCAGUGCCCUCUGUGGGGGAAAACAGGAAGCUGGAGAUAGCCCUCCUCCAGCUU